AUGGUCCGCAGAUCCCCCACCCACGCCCUCCGCACCUGCACCUCCUUCUUCACCUCCGCCACCUCGCCCUCCUGGCCAGGUCCCACGCGCCCAACCACCAUCAAACUGCUCUGCCUCGCCACCUUACUCGCCGCCACCCAACUCGGUCUCUGCGCCGCCCUCGCUCACAAAUUGCUCGCCAUGCGGCUGGAAGUCGAGUGCUGGGAGGUGGAUGACGAACAUGCCGGCGAAGGUGGCAGUGCUGGGUUGGAUAUGCUCAGCCUGGUGCCCAAGACGCGCAAGUUACCCGUUACGUUUGUGAAUUUGGAUCGGUUGGAGGGGAGGGGAGGGUCCGAGGGGGCUAUGUGGUUGAGUUUGGGGAAGCCUGGGGGGGCAGGGGGGAAGUUGUGA